AUGACCGUUUCCGAACGUCCAGAAAGAACCCACAAACUUCCAUGGUAUUUGGAAGACUACAUUGUUGGUGAUUUUGAUAUGAGAAAGAAUUAUGAAAAGGAAAUUAAAAAACGAGAAGCUCAAAAGAAGAAGAAAUUGGCUGCUGCUGCUUCUCUGAGAACCACCACUACGAGUACAUCAUCGGCUUCUUCCUCGAGCGCCAGUUCAUCAUCAUCAUCUCUCAAAGGCAAGAGCACAUGCACGGAAAAGACCAUUUCCAAGAGAAAGGAAAAGGCAAAACUUGAUACCAAGAAGAAGAAGGAAUCGGUAAAGAAAGCUGUUCGUAAAUCCAAGUCUGUAUUCUCUUCCGGAACCUCUUUCAGUUAUACCUCAUCAUCAGUUGGAACAUCCUCUUCCGUUGUUACUCCUUACAAUGAUUUCAAUAAUCCAAAAUAUAAGGUUUACACUUCACCUUCGGAUGCCAAGAAGAAACUCUUGGAAAAGACUCCUGGAAACAAAAUCUUGUCAGGCAAAGAUGAUGCUACCAAGUGGGCCAUGUCUACACUCACUUCAACACUUACUAACUAUUGUUAUGGAUUGAAAAGUAUUAGUGAUUUAUUGGCUGGAUGUUACUAUGUACCUGGAAAUAAUCACAAAUUACAAACUGAUUCGGAUCGUGUUCCUCCAGUUCAAAUUUGUUUCAGUUUUGAUACGACUGGAUCCAUGUAUUCAUAUUUGGAUAAUUUGAAAUUCAAAUUACAAACUAUUUGUCAGCAAUUAAUGAAUGACAUUAGAGGCUUGGAAAUUGCAGUCAUUUGCCAUGGUGAUUAUCAAGAUGCAAACGGAAAAUAUGCCAUUUCGAAAUUGGAUUUCACUACAGAUAUUGAACAAAUCACUUCCUUCGUUCAGUCAGUCGAAAGAACAUCAGGAUAUGACACGGAUGAAUGUUAUGAAGCAGUUUUGAAAGAAGCUCAAGCCCUCUCUUGGGUUCCAGUUGAAAAUACCUAUACCAUACGAUCAUUGGUUGUGAUUGGAGAUGCAAUGCCUCAUAAACCUCAUGAAUGGUUUGGUAUUGAUUGGAAAGUGGAAGCUAAAAAGUUAUUUGACGAUUACCAUAUUAAGGUACACUCGGUGAAAUGUGGUUCGCUGAGUGGAGCUCAAGAAUUUUUUCAAACUAUUGCAUCUGAAACUGGUGGGGCUGUCUAUCAGUUAGAUAACUUUGAAAAGACUGUGGAAAUGUUCUGUGGAUUGAUUUAUAGAGAAGCCACUGAACACAACAUGAAUGAUCCAACUAUGCAAGCUCACAUUGCCAAUGCAGUAAGUGGAGAAGUGACACUUGUCAAGCCAACUGCAUCUUCCUCUUCAGAUGCCAUGCUUGACGAAGAUGUUGCUCCAAAGAAAACAAUUUCAGAGGAUGCAACUUCACUUGGAGACUAUGUGGUUACCGAUGUUGAUAUUUUGAAAAUUCACAAUGCCAUUCACAGCAAAGAUGCUACAGUGACCAUUAAUGGUGUAACAUUUGGAAUUCAAAUGAAUGACAGCUCCUGUCGAUAUGUGAGAGUGGACGGAGUGGUCUACAUUGAACAAAAUAAGGAAAAGAAAACGAAAUAUGCCAAGAUGGCUCUUGAAGGCAAGAAAAUUACUUGGAUUUGUCACUCUGGUAAUUGGGGUCUCAUUGUGGAUGAUUCUAUUGAGAAGCGAUAA